AUGGAGGAAAAACCUACAGAGGCAAAUUCAAGCCAAAACGUAAAGGGACAAACUUCUAAACCGCCAGCAAAGUCUAGUAAUAGAUCUAAUUCUCAUGUUCAGAGAAGUUAUCACAUCUCAAAUCGUACUUGUGCAUCAUGCGAUGCUCUAAAUCAUAAAAGUUAUACAUGUACAAAGUUUCCAAGGUUGUCUGUGCCUGAACGAACCGAUUUAGUCAAAAAAUCCAAUUUGUGCAUUAACUGUCUAAAUCGGGGGCAUCAAGUUAACAAUUGUAACUUUGGUCAUUGCAAAAAUUGUACUGUUAAACAUCAUUCUCUGUUGCACGUUUCCGAACCUUCUACAUCUAACACCAAUGCGCAACAGUCUCUAUUUACAUUUAAUUUAAGUUCAAAACAGGUACUUCUAUCCACUGUCUUGUUAGAGGUAGUUGAUUCAAAGGGAAAUCGUCAUGAUUGCAGAGCACUUUUAGAUCCAGGGAGCCAGUCUAAUUUCAUUAGUUCACAUUUAUGCCAUAAACUUGCACUACCAAGAAAGCCUACAAAUAUUACGAUUUCAGGGGCAUUCAAGGUAGAAUCCAAAAUUGAGGCUGUUUGUCAAAUUCAAAUUGUGUCUAAAAACACUCCAUUUACUGCUCCUUUAGUCUGUUUGGUAGCUCCAGAAAUAUGCGAUGUUGUACCCGAAGCUCCUAUUGAUCCAGUAUCUCUUUCGAUACCUACAUGUCAUAAAUUAGCAGAUCCUGAUUUUCACAUUCCCAAACAAAUUGAUCUUCUCAUAGGUGCUGCGUUGUUUUGGGAAACAUUAUGCAUAGGACAGAUUCGUCUUAAACCUUCAGGUCCGUUUCUUCAUAAAACUAAGUUCGGUUGGAUAGUUAGUGGUCCACUUUCAAAGCCCCUUCUUUCAGACCGAUCCAGUUCUUCUCCAAGUUAUUCACAAAACUUAAACAUACAAAGUCAGCUUGCUCGCUUUUGGGAAAUAGAGGAGUGUUCUGACUUAAUUCAGUCUCCAGAAGAGAAAUCUUGUGAAGAUAUGUUUACUUCUACACACUACAGAGACAACGAAGGUCGAUUCGUGGUCCCAAUACCCUUGAAAGAACCUAUUUCUAGACUAGGUGACUCAAGAUCCAUUGCACUUAAAAGGUUUCAUGGUCUAGAACGUAAACUUCAGCGGAAUGCACAGCUUCGAAAGUUAUACACUUCAUUCAUGAGAGAACGAGGAUUUUCGUUUGCUCAAGCCCUUGAUAUAAUUUAUAAUGAUGAACUAGGUGGCGAUAUUUUUGUAGAACCUCCAGAUACAAAUAAUGUAGACACUGACGAGAAUUAA